AUGUUUAUCGUCAGCGAAUUUGAAGAGGUCGUGAAGGUGCAGCCGACUCAUUUAGAAGAUGAUCAAAUGUCCCGGAUCAUCAUACACCUCAAUUCGAUGCUAGCCAACAAAGUGGUGAUGGACGUCGGCUUGUGUCUGUCUUUGUUCGAUAUUUUGGAAAUCGGUGAUUCGAUAAUAUACCCAAGUGAGGGAGCAUAUUUUUCAAAAGUGCGAUUUAGAUUCAUCGUCUUCAGACCAUUUGUAGAGGAAAUACUCAUUGGAAAAGUAAAGAGCUCCAGUUCGGAUGGAGCUGUACUGACGACUGGUUUCUUUGAAGACAUAUUUGUGCCUGCAGCAAAUAUGCAAAACCCCAGUCGUUUUGACACCAAAGACAAAGUGUGGGUGUGGGAGUACGACAACUGUGGCGAUACAGUUGAGUUGCACAUGGACAUUGGUGAGACAGUUAGGUUUCGUGUCGUUUCAGAACAGUUUGUCGACACGCAUCCAGGAGUGGACAGCGGGCUUUUAGACACCGGUGAGAUAGCAACAUCUAAGUCAAAAUCGCCAUAUUCAAUUGUUGGCACAGUAAGAGAACCUGGUUUAGGAGUAAUUGGGUGGUGGACAGAUUUAUAA